GGAAUAGGAAAUGGCAACCCACUCCAGUAUUCUUGCCUGGAAAAUCCCAUGGACAGAGGAGCCCGGUAGGCUACAGGCCAUGGGGUCGCAAAAAGUCGGACACGACUGAGCGACUUCACUUCACUUCAUGCAGCAAAUGCAACCCGAGAAAUAUGAACUGGCUGGGAGAGUUUAGGAAGGCGGCCACGACGGCAUUUGCAGAAAGGAACAGAUAAAUGUAUUUGGGGGUGGGAGGGUUAAAUCUCCCUGGAGAAUGAAAUGGCAAUCCAUUCCAGUAUUCUUGCCUGGAAAAUUCCAUGGACAGAGGAAGACAACCGUAAGGAGGAAGAAAAUUUAGACUCUGCCUCAAAACCAGGGGCCCGGGGGUGGUACUCUGAAGUCCCUCUCGGGCACCCGGAGCCCAGCCUUGGGGGUGUGGCCUUGUGCUGCCCGGGGUUGGGGCGGGGACUGCUCCGGGCCACGCCCCACUCUGAUAGAGGCCAAGGACGCCGCACCUACAGUUCUGCGGCGCACUACGUUCUGCACCGGGUGAGCGAAGGUGAUCCAGAUACAUCUGGAGGCAGAAACGAGGCUGGACGACUACUUCAUUAAAAGGAGUCAGGAUGGCCGUGCUCUCUAAGGAAUAUGGUUUCGUGAUUCUAACUGGUGCUGCCAGCUUCUUGAUGGUAACUCAUCUAGCCAUCAAUGUUUCCAAGGCCCGCAAGAAGUACAAAGUGGAGUAUCCUACCAUGUACAGCACUGACCCCGAAAACGGGCACAUCUUCAACUGUAUUCAGCGAGCUCACCAGAACACGUUGGAAGUGUACCCUCCCUUCUUAUUUUUUCUAGCUGUCGGAGGUGUUUACCACCCACGCAUAGCUUCUGGUUUGGGCUUGGCCUGGAUCGUUGGACGAGUCCUCUAUGCUUACGGCUAUUACACUGGAGAACCCAGAAAGCGGCAGCGGGGAGCCCUGAGCUUCAUCGCCCUCAUUGGCCUCAUGGGCACCACUGUGUGCUCUGCCUUCCAGCAUCUUGGUUGGGUUAGAACCGGCUUGAACAGUGGGUGCAAGAGCUGCCAUUGAAGAAUUAUAGGGUUUUUGGAAACUCUCAUUCAUUUUGAGUGACUUUUAUUUUCAGUUACAUUUUUUUUUCUUGAAUAAAAUCUUCGCUGGCGUGAGCCUCCUACCUAA